AUGAUGCAAUCUACCUUCUCUCGCUUUGCUAGAACGGCCACCCGUUCAACGUUUGUUGCCAGUCCCCCAGCCACAUCUUUCAUUUUCUCAAAUGUUCGAUGGUUGUCCUCGUCCGCUGACAGUUUGGCCGAUAAGAUUGCCUUUAUUGGAACAGGCAAAAUGGCUCAGGCCAUGCUUCGUCCCUUGAUCAACAAGGGGUAUCAACCACAAGAAAAGAUUGCUAUCUAUGAUGUUCAUACACCUUCUAUUAAGGCAAUGAAGAAGGAGUUUGAGGACAUUCAAACGGCCGAAACCAUUGCCGAGUUGGUGGAAGAUGCUGACAUUAUUGUCUGUGCUGUCAAGCCCCAAAAUAUUAACGACAAAUUCUGGUCACAGUUUCCAGAAAAAAUGAGAGACGACGCCACCUUUGUCAGUAUUCUGGCAGGAAUCCCUAUUCGGGAAUUCGAGCCAUCGGGUAUUAAAAAAAUUGUGCGAGCCAUGCCCAACACACCAGCUCAAAUUGGGCAGGGAAUGACAGUGUGGUCAUGUACUCCAAACUUGACAGUGGGAGAGCGAGAGUCUGUCAGGAAGGUUUUGAAUACGUUUGGAAAAUCGAUUUAUGUCGAUGACGAAAAGUUUGUCGACAUGAGCACAUCAAUCAGUGGUAGUGGACCAGCUUAUAUUUUCAUGUUGAUGGAAGCCAUGAUUGAUGCUGGUGUCCACAUGGGAUUCUCAAGAGAAGUCGCCACCAAGUUGUGUCACCAAACAAUCAUGGGAUCAACAAUGUAUGCCAUUGAAACUGGAGAGCAUCCAGCUAUUUUGAGAAACAUGGUGACUUCUCCUGCUGGAACGACCGCUUCCGCAAUUUACGAAUUGGAAAACGGAAAGUUCCGAGUCGUCAUCAAGGAUGCCAUCUGGGCUUGCUACAGAAGAAGUUUGGAAAUGGGUGGAAAGGAAUCUGAUGUCGGUCCAGGACGAUCACAUACGUCAGAAGACCCCGUCGCAAAGCAAAUCAUUCACCAUCACUACCCCAGCGGUGAAAUGACUGGAGAUACCGACGUCGAUACCGACAGUGACGACGAGUCGCCAAGAAAGUCGUCGGCUUAA